AGAACUGUGGCUGCUUUGAUAACUAUGACGAUUGGGACCUCGAUGGCUGCUCGUCAAGGUCCUCUAGCUAUGGCUGCUCAUCAAAUCUGUAUGCAAGUGUGGUUGGCUGUCUCUCUUUUAACUGAUGGAUUGGCCGCAUCUGGUCAGGUCUACACUCCGAGGAAUGCGCCUAUACUAGUGAGGAAAUUGAUGUGGUUCGUGAGCAACGGGCUAAGUGUUUUACCCGCAAGUAUUUACUAUUGGCUUGAGCGCGCUUGAUCGAGGUGGUUUAGUUGUUAUAGAACAAUCGUUUCCAUUAAAAUGUAUGCGUACAUUGAAAUUGGAACGUAUAUUUGAAUGUAGUACGUGCACUUUGGUUUUGGGAUAUAUAUAUAUGUAUACAAAACACCAGUUAUUAUUUUUU